GUUUAAUUCAUUCAAACAACUUCAAAUUGAAUAAUAAUAGAAUAGUAUUUUUCGACACGGAUUCGUAUGAAAAAUAAAUUCAAAUUGCGACAAACGACUGCUAUGAGUAAACUUGAUCUGGUGUAGGUAUUUGAAAAUACAUUCUGCUGGCCUGAUGGAAGUGUGAAAACCUCUCGAACGAAGUGUCAAACCAUUCCGAAAGAAGUGUCCAACCAUCGUGAGAAAAGUGUCAAACCAUCCCGGAGGAUAUGUUAAAUGUUUUCCCAGAGCUCAGAAAACGACCAGAAAGUUCUCACCAAAAGCAUGAUUAUGUCGAUGGAAAACCUUUACUUCACAUAAGCUGCACGUCUGUAGAAGGGCAAUCAUUUGCUCUACUCAGGCUUCCACACUUGCAUCCCUAAUUUUACGUAACUUUGAAGAUCCCAAUCUAAAAGAUGACUCCAAAUACAUUGGUUAACAGCCUCCAAUUACUUUAAAUUUUUUUUUCAUUGAGGCUCGUAAUUAAACUGGACGCUUGCUGCUUUCUAUUUCGACACAAGAAUAAUUAAAAUACUACAGAAAUCUAAGUUAAGAAGCCGUUUUACAUUUCCAGCUGUUAGAAACGCAAUACACUUCCCUCGCCAGCAACGCUACUAUCCCUUCACUAAUUUUACACUAUCAUUCAUUCAAAUACAUAAAAUUGGAAUGGAGAACUACACAACUGGUCAAAGACGAUUGUUAAUAUCAACUAUUCCAUACUCGUAGUUAUGGAAAUAAAUUUGGAAAAGCUUUCACUUGACAAUCAAACUCAUCGGAAAUCGGUAAUGUUUCAUGCAGAACCGUUACGUUAGUGCUCCAAAUCCAGCAUAUUAGGAUCAUCAACAAUUUACAAUAUACACCAAUUAAUGCUUCAAUUCAUCUAUCAAUCAACAUUGGUGAUAACUACUUUAUUGGGACAACAUAAACACGAAUAGUUCCAUUGAAUGUACAACGAUUAACCUACAAUAGAAACAAACAUCAACUUUAAAUUACUCAAUUCCAUUGAAUGUACAACGAUUAACCUACAAUAAAAACAAACAUCAACUUUAAAUUACUCAAUUCCAUUGGAUGUACAACGAUUAACCUACAAUAGAAACAAACAUCAACUUUAAAUUACUCAAUUCCAUUGAAUGUACAACCAUUAACCUACAAUAGAAACAAACAUCAACUUUAAAUUACUCAAUUCCAUUGGAUGUACAACGAUUAACCUACAAUAAAAACAUACAUCACCUUUAAAUUACUCAAUUCCAUUGAAUAUACAACGAUUAACCUACAAUAAAAACAAACAUCACAUUUAAUUAUUCAAUAAAAGUCCCAGAAUUUAAAUGACUUGUGUGGAUUUGAGUUACAAGUAACGAUGCAUCGAAUAUUGUUGCUACUGGCGAGUGCCUUCGUCAUGCGCGGUGGGGCUGUGGUGAGCGUCGCGGGCCUGGACUCCGACUUGGAUGGGACAGGCGGUGCCCUCGGUGGGGGCAUGCCAGUGUUACCCCUGGCAGCAGUCGCACACAUGGACGACCUCAACAGGGUCGUUGCUCGGCUAGCAAGUGAGCUUGAGCGAUUCAACACGCUCUACGUGAUCAAGCUGGAGCGCGAGCUGACUAACACAGCGUCCAGGCUGUCGGCUCUCGAGAGUACCGUCAGAGCGGUCGCUGACAGGGCGCUCGCCUGGGACAAUAUUCAGAACCACAUGGCAGUGUGGACGGACCAAAGCAGGACCAUGGAACGAAAAUUGGACAUCCUGAACAGGUGUCACGAGAAGCACGUUGAGUGGGACAGCAAACUGAACGCAGUAGACGCGCUCAACCACAAGCUAACUGCGCUCGAUAUUAAGAUCAACGCCAUGACUCGGCUCGAGUUCAAGGUGGAGCAAGUGUCGGAGCGUGUCGAGGAGGUCGACUCGAAGGUAACUUGGCUACAGAAGCAGCAAGGCUCCAGUCCGGAUGGCGGGGGCGCUUGGGCCGAGUUUGCGAGCCGAGGGCUGUUGACAACUUUAACGUCCAUAGAAGAUAACGUCAAGAAUCUCAGCAAGAGCUUCAGCCCAACAACCUCUAGCACAUCCCACAACACCAGUCAUAACACCUCAUCACGAGCCAGAGCAAGAGUUCACGGCAGCAGGAGUCGCCCCGUUCGUCACCCCCACGACUCCAACAGAGUCCAGUGCGACCUGGACGAGCGGGAUGGAAGGUUGCUGGAAGACGUGAGCGCCAAGAUGGACCUGGUCUUUGACAGACUCAGCGACACCGAGGACUACGACAACCUUAUUUCACAUUUCUCCCGACGGUCAUUGUCGGUCCCAACGGCUCGCGCCCCGACAAGUCGGGCCUCCGAGCCUCGACUGCCGUCCCAGCUCACCGAGGACCGCCUCUCAUCCGACGAGAAAUCCUCCGAAGAUCCUGAAGCUUCGGACGCCGUAACCGAGAGGAUCUUUGCCAUGUUCUGGCGGAGUCUCUUUGCGCCCUUCAAGAAACUAAACAGGAGGUUCCGGGCUCUUGAGAGCCACAUGACACAACUCAGCAGGUCCUCUCAUAAGCAAUGCACCGAUCAUGAGCGAGGGAGUCCUGCAGACACGACACAACCUACUCUGCCAGCUCGGCCACCGCUCACUCCGUCACAGCUGAAACUGGCGGUCGCUGAAGCCAUUGGUCCCUUGCAGCAAAUAAUCUCAGCGAACCAACUGCAGGCAGGGGACGAGUCCAAGACAGUCAUUGAGCUGCUCCGAGGCAUUGCCCAG